UUGGAAAGACCCCCUUCGCCCUCUGGCGCCUGAGGGGGCGGGGCUCUUCCCUGUUGUGGGCGGGGCAAUGGGGGGAAGAGUGGGUGGCCCCACGUGGCCCUUCCUGGCCAGACCUGGGCCUGCUCCACUCAGCCAGGGCUAGGGCUGCCCUGGGAGGGGGGUCCCCACCUCUGGACCAGUCAGUCUCUAAGGGACACCUCAGCAGUGGUUCCUGCCCAAGCCUAACCUGGCCGUCCCCAACCCCGACCCCGUGGAGUGCAGGGCAGCGGGGGAGGGGGCGGCCAUAUGAAUGACCAUCACUCCCCCGCACCCAAAUCUCUUACCCCGCAGGGGGUCCCACGGGCCGGCUGCCCCUAGCGACCCUUCCCCUGUUCGGCACCCGCCACAUGUGGAGUCGGAGAUGCCAGAGGAGAUGUCCCUCCCGCAGCCAGGAGCGGACAUUUCCCAGGCCCCGGCGGCGCCCUCGGCCCCGUCACCUCCUGCGGCUGUAAAUCCCGCACGAUAACGGCACCCGGCGUCAAAAAAAAGGUCCUUUCUCUUGCUAGUUUUCAACCCGGUGAACAGCAAGUUUGCUCGCUCCACGCCCCCGUGAUGGUCUGGACCUCCACCCUAUCCCCCCUCGGUCUUCUCCUCUGCUACCUGUACUGAUGGAGCGGCCUUUAGUCUCUGCUGGUCUGGCAGCUGCUCCAGGCCUUGAUCAUCUUGGUUGUGCUCCUCUCUCUGCCUUUCCUCGUUCGACUACGCCCUCUCUGAGACGCGAGGAGUCACGCUGCCCACGGGAUUCAAGAGGCGGGCGCCCCGUGGACCUGUAGAGCAGCGCGAUGAUGUUCUCUGUUCUGUUUUCCUUUGGGCCUUGGCCAGGGCUCGGUGGCAUGGGCCAGGCUGAAGGAGCCCCCGGCCGAGCCGAAACACCUGCCAGGGCAAGGAGGCUGCUGCGCCUGUCCAGGGGUGGUCGGCGUCUGCCCUGACUGAGAUCCCCCAAUUCCUGGGGGAAGCAAAGCCUACAGGGACCUACUUCCCUAGUCAGACUCCCCAUUUUGAGCCUUUCUGAUCAGUCUUGGGAAUUGGAAACACGCUCUCUAGGUGAGUGGAGGUUUUCCCCACCUGCAAGCAAGUAACUAAAAACUCACCACCACCUGAAACAGAGUUGAAAAGGUUGAUGUUGCAGCACCUCAUGGAGGCAGCAUCUCCUGAGCAAGCCCAGCCACUCUGAACAGGCUGCUGGUUCCCACUCCAACCUUUGCCCGUUGCUUUGAGUCGGGAGGUUGGGCCAAGCAACUGAAAGAGAGUGGAUUUAUCAUUAAGAAACCUCACCAGCAUCGUGGGGCAACACGACAGGCUUAAGCAACACACUUCUAGUAUCUCACAGACCUCCUUUGUUUCUUUACUGAGACUGUAACCUCACUUUGGGGGUAUACUUUGCUCUCCCAGAUGUUAUUAGCUCAUUCUAAGUGGAAAGCCAAGAUCAUAGUACCUAUCACAAGGAUUUUACGGUCUUUGGAUGAAAAAGUAAAUGAGCGAAAGCGAGGAUGACUGGCUCGCUCUCAAACCCAGCGAACCGCUGCCGUCUCAGUGCUGUGGCAGUGGCUGCAAACCCUGCAUCUCCGAUUUGUAUCAGAAGGAGCUAGCACAAUGGGAAAAGGCCAGAGCCAAGAAGGACAAAAGCCUCCUGAGCAAACAGAAGGAGCAGAGUUGUAAUUCAGAGCUAAAUCCAGAUACAUUUACUGCAUUCAGCAUAAACUCUGUGGAACAGCUAACACAGGACACCUACCUGUAUAGAUUUGAAUUACCAGAAAAUAGCAGCCUGGGAUUGAGUUUAGGACAACACGUUGUGUUAAGAGGGGAGGUGAAUGGCUUGGAAGUUCAGAGAGCUUAUACUCCAAUUAGCCCUGUGAAUGCAGAAGGGUACUUUGACGUUUUAAUAAAAUGCUAUGCAAGUGGACUCAUGUCACAAUACAUAAAAUCCUGGAAAAAAGGAGAGACAAUCUUUUGGCGAGGGCCGUUUGGAGGCUUCCCAUAUAGACCUAAUCAGUAUGGAGAACUACUCAUGCUUGCCUCUGGUACUGGCCUGGCUCCAAUGCUUCCCAUCCUCCAGUAUGUAACCGAAAACGAAGAUGAUGAAACCUUUAUCACCCUGGUUGGCUGCUUCAGGACCUUUGAAAAUAUCUACUUGAAACCUCUUCUCCAAGAUCUGUCUCGAUACUGGAACGUCAGAAUGUUUUACAUCCUAAGCCAGGAACAUUCACUGAAGGAACUUCCUUGGAGCUAUCAGAAAAACACAUACACUGGCCAUAUAAAUGAAAACUUGAUUAAGGAAAUAAUUGGUUCAUGUAGAAAAAAGCCAUUUGUGCUGAUAUGCGGCUCAGAAGCAUUUAAUAAAGACAUGGCUACAUGUUUGAAAGCAGUUGGACUUGAAGAGGAUUCAUAUUUUGCAUUUUAGCAAAAUACGUUGAUAUAAGUAUCACAUGUUAACCAUGCAGACCCCAACCUCAGUAUGUUUAUUGACCAGUUUGAUUUUCUCAUGCAUGCAUUUUCAUAAGACUCUGUACAAGAUAUUUCAUAAAGUGUCUUUACGGUAAUUGCUAACAGAUUGUUUUAAAAUUUGUAUGAACCAGCUGACUGUACAGGGUAGCUGCUACAAUACUUUGUCACAGCGGGGAGAACGAAGGUUGGUGGCAGAAAUACUAACUGAGAAUUUCAUCGAGGACCUGCAAAGUUUCUUUCACUUUUCCAUGCAAGUUAUCAUUUCCAUUUUGUA